GCAGACGUAAUGGAUAUCGCUGAGCCCAGCAGCCUGUGAUUCAAUCCGGCGGACAGUCACCAAUAUUCGGAAUAUUAUUUCCUCUACGCUUACUUCGAUGCAUGAAGAUGAAUGUCAGAACAGUCAGUCCUUCUAUGUCAGUCAAUCAUUCUCGAAAAUUCCUUGUUCCAUGGUCUGCCAAUUCGAACAUACGACAGGAUCCGAAUUUAGACAGUGGUGUCCCCACGCAAAAGGUUUCGAUGACAGAUGCCUCCCUCGGCGACUCCACACGUUCUACUUUCGUCCCUGCUCCCGCACUGUAUAAACCUCUUACGUCUGGAAAUAUUCGAGCCAGCUCAAUGGAUAACUUCUCCUUCAUUCCUCGACUGACCACAACGAUGAAGAAAACGAUGACCGUCCGGGCAUUAUUCGAUUAUGACCCUCUCUCAGACACUGGCGUACCAGCUAGAGGUUUACCAUUCCAGCACGGUGACAUCCUUUUCGUUGUCAAUGCAACUGAUUCCGAAUGGUGGCAAGCGCGUCGUCUCACUGUGUGUGAUAACGGCAUGUACGGUAAUCACGUCGGAUCCGCUCUUUCAGACAUUGCUACCUACACGAGCAGUCUCACAGUACAUAGUCCAUUGGGUAUUAUUCCGAGCCGUCACCGAAUUGAACGUCGUCAACGUGCACGUUCCCGGCGUGUGAACUUCUUCGGCAAAGUGACGGUGAUUGGUUCUAACGCACAACUCCCACCCCUUCCUUCGUCAAACAGUUCGUCUACCCAUGCACCGAGAGCACUCACAAACCGACUACGCACCGACUCUGAUUCAUUUCCCACGCCGUCUUCCCUCCAGAUGAAUGGUGAUGACAAAGAAUCGCACUCGGAUGAAAUCUCCCCUGGCCUGGAUCAGUCUGGUCAGCGUGUCCCGCAUGAUAUACAAAAGAAGCAUCGGUCGAGCAGUGUUACUCAAAGUUUACUCAAACGUUUCUCCACUCGAGGUCACAAAAAAGAUGACUUUUCGUUCCCGUGUCUACAGAACCCUAUUUGUUCUCUUUCCGAGACUGACCCCGAGGCGAUUCGUAGCUAUGAGACCGUGGUCCCAGUCUCCAUUCACAUGGCACGUCCGCUUCUUAUAUUCGGACCUAUGAAGGAACCUGUGAUGGACUCCCUGCUGCAAGAUCUCAAGUUUGCCACCUGUGUCCCUCCUAUAAUCACCUUUGACACCUUGGAGGGCGCAGUUAGUGCCAUCAAGCGCUUUGUUCUACUUCACGGUGGACCUGUCAUAUGGGUUCCCCCCGGGAUGGUGGCACACGCUGCCAACGAUCUCGCUAGUCCAGGAUCUCAAAGUAGUACCCUGCCCCGUGGACCCACGUCGUCUGUGUGA